UGCUAUGCGACCAGUUUACCAACAUCACUAUUUAAAUGGGUAUUGGUUACUUUUAUUUGUGUAACUCAAUUCAUUAUAGUUUAUGACAUUGGAACUUGACACUUAACGUAUAUGUGAUGUAUUUGUGUAUUUGGAAGAUAUGAAUUGGAUCACAUAUUCUCCACAAACAUUCGCUGCUGUAACGAUUCAGUGUUUGGAGGGAAUUCCAAGGAAAGCAUACUACCUGGCUACAAAGGUGGGAAGAUAUGAGAAGGAUCCAUCGUUGAUGUUUGAUUUUUCUGCAGAAAAGUCAAAACGUAGUAUUGAAGACUCAUUGAGCAGACUAGGGACUGACUAUGUUGAUGUGAUUCAAGUGAGUUUUAGGAGAGGACCUAAUUUCUUUUUAGAGCUAUCUGUAUUUGCGUCUACGAGUAUAAUGACGUGUACAAAAACCCUUGUUCCAUUAAUAUUAAAAACAUUUUUGGCGAUCCUUAUGUAUUUAUUCAAGGACGUAUCUUUGCAUCUGCUAGAAAACAUUUUCUGGUUCAUUUUUUGCAUAAUCUUAUUCGAAAAGGACCUCUUUUGA